CAAUCAUCAUGGUUGAAGUCAAGCAAUAUCAUCUCCUCCCAACGGAUCUCAUUCCAAAUUCACCAAGACCUCUACUCCACUAUAAGAAUGUCUUAGCCAAGCGCUCGAAUAGCACGCAAUGCGAUCCAGCCGAGGUUUGGGACAUGUUCACCAAGAACGGAUGGGACGUCCAAUGGAUAUUCCGAUACCCAAACACGCAACUGUCACAUUUUCACUCGGAGGCUCACGAAUGCAUGGCUGUUCUCUCAGGCACUGCAACAAUCCGCUUUGGUGUCGGUGAUACCUCGGAGGAUUUACAAGAGAAUACUUACGGAUCAGCCUGGGAAACGGGCGGAAUUCUGCUGGAGGCCGAAGCCGGAGAUGUCUUUGUCAUUCCAGCUGGUGUCGCGCACAAGACACACAAUACCAAACCUGCAGCUGAGUUCAAGCUACUUUCGCCAGGUGUUGGACAUGGCAUUGAGGCCGAUGACCCGAAGAAAGCGUUGUCUGAGAUUAAGCUGGAUGGAUAUACCAUGAUGGGAGCUUAUAAUGGUGGUGAAUGGGAUUUUGUGAAGAGUGGAGGAGACUAUGGCAAGUCAUGGAGGGUUCCAAAGCCGAAGAGGGAUCCCGUGUUUGGAGAGGCAGAGGAGGGACUUAUUAAGACUUGGCCUGGAGGUGAUGCAAAAGUUGAUUCGGAGAUUGUUCAGGUGGAGAACAGAGAGUAUAAGUCGAAGAUGUAAUCAACACGUCUCGUCCCAUGGGUUCAAGAUCAACAAUGAGAAAUCACCUUUAUAAGCCUCUCGGUCCUCUACGAUCAUCGAGUCCACAGCAAGCAAGAGACAAGUACAGUUAUUGUUUGUGUUACAAAGUUGAUUUACUAAGUAUGUAUGAACAUAACAGAAAAGGAAACGAUCCAGUC